GCCUUUACGAAGUGAUUUUUUUUAAAUAUAUAAAUCAAAAUGUCUUUGUUUGAAGGUGUUAUAAAAAAAUCAGGUUCAGAUAUAAAUAGACCGUUUCGGAAAAGAUUUUGCUCAAUUUGUUGGGAAAAAAACGAAACGCCGAAGAAAAUUUCUCUUCAAAAAACAGCUUCGUUGCCUUUGCAUUAUAGUCAAAGCCAAAAUAGUUGCAAGCAGUUAGUCUUUAUCUAUUGCAAACACAAAGAAAAAAAAGCUGGAGUCUAUAAAGGAAAAUUUGUACUUGAUAAUUCAGACUUCAGAGAGGUACCAGAAGGAAUAAACGAUUACCAAAACGUUAUUUGCAUUAAGCUAUCUCAAUUACACAACGGAAAAAAUGGUGGAAGGGAGUUAUAUUUAUCCCUCAAGACAGAAGAAGAAAAGAAAUGUUUACUUAAGGUCCUCCGCGAUCAUAUUAAAAUUAGCCCAAGUCAUAACGAAUAUAUUGAAGAUACACUCAAACCUCCUACAAAAUUUAUCCCUUUUGAUGACAACAAUCCGCUGUUAAAAGAGUUAGAAAUUAUCCAGAAAACAAUACGAAAUCAAAAUGAAGACGAAGCUUUCAACACCAAUGAUUUGACUCGUGACUUUAGGCUUUCAAGCCAAGAAAAUACAUACAAUUUAAAAUAUAACACAAAUUCGCGGCAAAGUUUUGAUUCUGGCUUUGGUUCGAUCAUUUCCCCUACGAGUUCUAUCAGUAGAAACUCUUAUUCUAGCAGUAUUUUCGAUAUUGACAAUAUAUAUUUAUCAGAGCAGGAUGAAGCUGAUAAUUUAAUAAUCGAAACGAAGUUGUAAAAUAUUAAUUAGCGACAAUAAGCUUUUAAAAAGACGUUAUUUUGAAUUAAGUUAUAUUAAACUAGAGUUUAUAUCCUAACUAUUAGUUAUUAGAACCAAGCUUAGAUAUUUCUUGUCGUUGCUUAAUUUAUUCUCGUUGCUAAAUAAUUUAAGCAUGUUAUUGUUAACAAUAUAUUUGUUACUGCCUAAAUUACAUUCUAGGAUAUUGUUUUAUA